AUGUACAGCCUAGAAUUAGAGGACAUCGAGGCUAAGAGAUCAAGUUUUGCACUGUCAGAGACAGCUGCCCGAAACAAUAUCGUUCUGACUACCCAACAAGAUUCCUCAUCCACCGUCUCCUCUAACGAAGUGUUUCGAGUGUACAAAAGACGGUGGCUAGGAUUAUUAGGCACUUGCCUUUUAAACAUCGUAUCUGGCUUAUGUUGGCUUUGGUUCUCAGCCAUAGCAGUAGACACGUCCCAGGAGUUUGGAAUUUCCCUUGAACGUGUGAAUUGGCUAGGAAAUAUUGUCAACCUAAUUUACCUGCCGGUAUCUGUAGUUGUUCCCCUUGUAUGCUCGCGCUGGGGACUUCGUACUUCGCUCAUUAUUGGUUCAUUGUCCUUAUUGGCCUCAUCAUGGAUUCGCUAUGCUGGGACCUCGCAAGAUCUUGAUGCAGAUGGGAAAUAUGCCCUCCUGUUGGUUGGCCAAAUCUUCACAGGUUUUGCCCAGCCUUGGUUCCAAAUUCUUGGGCCCAGAUAUAGUGAGACUUGGUUCGCUAUGAGCGGACGAACAACGGCGACCAUGCUGAUCGCCAUUGCCGGCCCUAUCGGAGGUGCACUCUCACAACUGAUUGCUCCAGCGUUCUCCACAGUGAGCGACUCAGUAUUGAUUCUUGCUAUCAUCACGUCCGCUGUAACUCCCACUGUACUUCUGAUAGGUUCGAAGCCCCCGGUACCGCCUUCACACGCUGGUUCCCAAAAUUCGCCGCCUUUGAUGCAAAUACUCCGAGCUCUUGUAGGGCGGGCUCGCCAAGGCGAAGCAUUUAUGUCACCUCGUGAGCGGGCUGACAUGGUUAUCAUAACCUUACUUUUCGGUUCGCUUGUCGGAGCUUUCAGCGCAUUUUCCAUCUUGAUCAGCCAGAUUUUCACCCCACAUGGGUAUUCGUCCGACGAGGCGGGUAUUAUGGGUGGCGUGCUCAUUCUCGCCGGUAUUGUCGGCGCGGCAAUAUUCUCCCCACUCGUCGACCGGUACCUUUCAAAUCGACUAGCUCUAGUCGCCAAAGCUUUGGUCCCAUUGCUCGCUGCUUGUUAUAUCUCAUUGAUCUGGGAUGUCCAACCGAAUAAUUACGCCGGUAUUUACGUUGUGAUGGUCCUAAUUGGGGUUUCGUCCUUCACUCUCUUGCCGAUAGCGCUGGAGAUUGGGUGUGAGGUCACGCGGAGUGCUGAAACCUCUUCCGCAAUGCUAUGGUUUACCGGAAAUCUCCUUUCUGUAACUUUCGCUCUGUCUAUGGCUGCAUUGAGGGACGAUUCCCCUGAUGCCAGUCCACCAUCUAAUAUGCUUCAGUCUCUGAUAUUCCUAGGAUGCUUUAUUGGCGCAGUUGCCAUAAGCGUAUUUGGUCUGAAAGCAGAGCGAACUAGACAAGAACUCGGUGGGGGUGUCAGCUCAAGUGAUGAGUAG